AAGUUGAUUGGACAAAGAAUGAUUUCCUACGUCCUGCCAAACGCGCCUUUCAUGCAUUAUCUAAAAUUCUCUAUUCUUCUGUUGGUUGAGGUUGCAGUUAAAAGUCGCUGUUUUCCAUUUUUUUAAUUAUCUCUCUGCUCUAACAGUUUUCAAUUUUGCUAAAUUAUAACUUCGCCAGAUAAUUAGCAAGUAUUUUCCUCUUUUAGUCUACACAUUCUUUCGGAUUACUUAUGGUACCCGCGGGGUCAAUUUCAUUUUGAUCGGUAUCUCUGGGCAGAGGGGAGAUACUUGAUCUGGGUUUUUACAGGUCUUGCAAAUUUGGAGAUGGGGAUGAGAGAAUUUGAUUCUUCAUUGUAAAUAUGGAUGUGGGUUCGCAUUUCUUUUCCAGGAGGUAAAAUUGGGGACGUGGUAUUGAAUAUUUCUUUAAUACCCAUUGAAGAUUUUGAUUCUUUCAAGGAAAUCGGGAAAUGGGGCCUUGGAGAUUUUGAUUCUUUGAGAAAUUUCUGGAAGUGGGUAAAGGGUAGGAGACAUUGAUGUUUUGUUUUGAAAGUCCAAAGGUCGUCCUCUUUAAGAGGAAAUUAUUUGUUUUAUGAAAUUUGGUGAGAGAGUGAAUGAGUAAAUUGGAUGGUGUUGAAAAUUGAUUUGGAUUUCAUUGUUGUAUUCUAAUGUUUGUUGGGUUUCUCGAAGUUCACGAGAAAUACUUUAACAAACCCAUGAAGGGUCGCCAUUCAGAUUGCAAUUUCUUUUGCAAUUUUUUCCGCUUAAAUUAAUAAUCAGUUGGAAAGAGCCCCUCUUUUGUUCUUUCCUUUGGAUGUCAACAGGAGUCCUUCUCUCUGAGAAUUCACAUCAGUAGUCAGUGAGAUUCUGACCGUUGCAACCAAUUCUUUGAUAAGUAAGUGAGCUUUGGGUGGUUGUUCGUUUGGUAGAUACCCAGGAAUUUACCUUCUCCUUUUUAUUUUUCUUUUCUAAAUUUUCCCUUUCUUCUGUUUUCAUUCUGACAAGCUUUAUAUAGUUUGAAGGAGCUGAGGAUUUAAAGACCCUUUUGCGGUUACAUUUGAUCAGAAUACUUUCCUGUGGAGCUAAAAAUCAUGAAAUUUCUAAGUAUCAUGGGUAAUUCUUUCGGUUGUUCUGCAUCCGGGGAACGUUUAGUUUCUGCAGCAAGAGAUGGAGAUCUUCAAGAAGCCAAGGCCUUGUUGGAAUAUAAUCCAAGGCUUGCGAGGUACUCCACAUUUGGGGUUCGAAAUUCUCCACUUCACUACUCUGCAGCUCAAGGUCACCAUGAGAUCGUGUCUCUAUUGAUCGAGUCUGGAGUUGAUAUUAAUCUGAGGAAUUAUCGCGGUCAGACUGCUUUGAUGCAAGCUUGUCAACAUGGUCACUGGGAGGUUGUUCUCAUUUUGGUGCUCUUUAAAGCCAACAUUCACAGAUCAGAUUAUCUUAAUGGGGGUACUGCACUCCACUUGGCUGCUUUGAAUGGUCAUUCUCGUUGCAUACGCCUCCUCCUUGCAGAUUACAUACCUAGUAGAAUCGCUGAUUCUUGGAACAUAUUGAAGGAAAGAUCAAACAGAAAUGGAUCAAUCACUGAGUUAGAUGAAGGUGCUCUCCAUGAGGUAAUCAAUAGAACUGCUGAUGGAGGCAUCACUGCUCUGCAUAUGGCAGCACUAAAUGGGCAUGUUGAAACUGUGCAAUUACUCUUGGACUUAGGAGCUUCUGUUUCUGAGGUCACUGUGGAAGAUGGAACUACAAUUGAUCUCAUAGGUGCUGGAAGCACACCUCUUCAUUAUGCUGCGUGUGGUGGAAAUGCACAAUGUUGUCAUAUUUUGAUUGCCAGUGGUGCCAGUCUGACUGCUGUAAAUGCGAAUGGCUGGACUCCUUUAAUGGUUGCUCGUUCGUGGCAUAGAAAUGAACUUGAGGAAAUACUUAGCACCCAGUUAGAACACCAGAUACAAAUGUCUCCUUCACCAUAUCUAUCUCUCCCGCUUAUGAGCAUUGUCAAAAUUGCUAGAGAAUAUGGAUGGAGGAAUGAUGAUUUACUACCAACAUGCCAAGAUCCAUGUGUUGUUUGUUUGGAAAGGACAUGCACAGUUGCUGCAGAAGGCUGUGGUCAUGAAUUCUGCACAUGGUGUGCGUUAUAUCUCUGUUCUUCAUUUUGCACCUCAGUAGUUGCUCAAGAUCCUCCUGGCUCAGUUGCCUGUCCUCUCUGUCGACAAGGCAUAGUUUCAUUUGUGAAGCUCCCAGGAACUAGGCCAAUGGUGAAGGUUGCCAGAACGAGUUUGUCACUAGCCUUCUGCACAUGUACAGGCGAGGAGCCGGAACCCACUUCCAUGAUAACUCCGCUCUGCAAGCCGGAUAUUGGAUGCACCAGAAUUUCCCCUCUUUCUUCUUCGUUCCGCUCUUUAAGUUGCCAGAAGUUCCCAUACAUGAAAUUCAAUGCUAGGGGUUGCUUGGGAAUUCCAGAGACAAGACCUUCUUUAGUUCCUUCUGCCAUUGACAGGAGCCUGCGUGAACAAUUGGUGAGAUGUUCAAGGCCAAGGCUUGGAAGAUCCACUUCUAGCAAUGACACUGAGCGUAGGAGGACUUGGCUAUCUGCGCUGAACGAUUAUGUAACAAUAGGAUCUGGAAGCUGAGAUUUCUUGAAUAUUCUUUCAUUUUCUCAUUAAAUUUUUUCUUUUGAAGAAAUUUUCCCAUAUCCUUUUGUAAAGCUUGUAAUCUUGGGUGUAAAUAUUAAAAGCACCUGAAUAAAUCAAAGGAUUUACCUUUGGUUUUGGUGCUCAAAACAAACUAAAUGUUGUUUAAAAUAUUGAUUCCGUUAUUGAUUCCAAAGGCUUUACCUCUA